AUGGUGAGCAUUCCGUUGAUACUAGGAGCCAUUAUCCUCCUUGGUACGAGGAAGGCUGCCACAGCUGCCCUACCUCCCCGCCCCUGCGCUUUCGCUGUAACAGCGGCAACCGAUGACACCUGUCAGUCCUUAGGUGCUCAAUGGGGAAUUGGUAUGGCCCAGUUUUUGAAGUGGAAUCCAGGUGUCAACUGUAAUGCUCUAGUUGCCGGGAAGACCUACUGUCUGUCUGCAGGCGAUUCUGAGCUUGGUCCAACUGCGAGCCUGACCCCAUCUCCCCAAGUUCCAACAACUUCGAGGGCAACUCAGACUAUGACUUCAAAGGCAUCAACAGGUACUCUUGUCUCUCGCUCUGGACCAAUUAAAUUUUUGAAUGGAAUGGCCCCAGAUUGCCUCUUCUAUCACCCGGUGAGUCCAGGUGAUACCUGCCAGAGCAUCGUUGAUAGGUAUAAGGCCUUCACCCUCGACCAGUUCUACACCUGGAACCCUUCCGUUGGUAAGAACUGCGAGUCUCUAUGGCUAGGAUAUUAUGUGUGUACUGGUGUCAAGGGCGGACCAAACUCUCCUUCGCAGCAGCCUCCUUCGCAGCAGCCUCCUUCUCAGCAGUCCCCUUCUCAGCAGUCCCCUUCUCAGCAGUCCCCUUCUCAGCAGCCCCCUUCUCAGCAGCCCCCUUCUCAGCAGCCCCCUUCGCAGCAGUCUAAUACGUCCCAACAAACUCAGCCAAAUGUUAAUUCCAAGUGUAAGUUCCAUAUCUUUUGUCUGGGAACCUUAGCUUAUAUGGCAUUUGACUAA